AGGUUAGAAACAGCACAUAAUUAUUCUCAAACAUCAUGACAAUGUUAGGAGAAAAUGGAAAAGAAGAUUAUACUGAAGAUGGGACAGUGGACCUUAAAGGUAGACCAGUUUUAAGAUCAAAUACAGGAAGAUGGAGAGCUUGUUCCUUCAUAGUAGGCUCUGAAGUGAUUGAAAGGUUGACAUACUUUGGGAUAUCAUCAAAUCUAGUGUUGUAUCUAACAAAGAAGCUCCAUCAGGGUACUGUCAAAUCUGCAAACAAUGUCACUAACUGGGCAGGUACAGUUAAGAUCCUGCCAGUUAUUGGGGCUUACAUAGCCGACGCCUAUCUUGGCCGAUAUUGGACCUUUGUCGUAUCAUCUGGCAUUUACUUUUUGGGAAUGUGUUUAUUGACUCUUUCAGUAUCACUACCAACGCUGAGACCACCACCAUGUGCUGUAGGGAUAGAAAAACAGGAUUGCCAAAAAGCUUCAUCACUACAAAUUGGUAUUUUCUUCUUUGCUUUGUACAUCAUUGCAGCAGGCACAGGGGGAAUUAAGCCCAGCAUCACCACACUUGGAGCCGACCAAUUUGAUGAGUUUGAGCCGAAAGAGAAGUCUCAAAAACUUUCCUUUUACAAUUGGUGGGUGUUCUACAUUAUAAUUGGAGCCAUUUUAGCCGAAACAGUAUUAGUCUACAUACAAGACAAUGUUGGUUUUGCCCUUGGUUAUGGGAUUCCAACCAUAUUGCUUGUUUUUUCAACAUUGGUGUUUUUGUUUGGAACACCAAUUUAUAGACAUAAAUUGCCUUCUGGAAGUCCUUUAACUAGAAUGGUUCAAGUCUUUGUUGCUGCUAUGAGAAAGUGGAAAUUAAAUGUCCCAAAUGAUCAAAAAGAGCUGCAUGAGGUGAGCAUUGAAGAGUAUACUAGUAACGGAAGGUAUAGAAUUAAUCACAGUUCUUCAUUGAGUUUCCUUGACAAAGCUGCAGUGAAGACCGACCAAACUUCACCAUGGAUGCUUUGCACUGUGACACAAAUUGAGGAAACAAAACAAAUGACAAAAAUGAUCCCUAUAUUGAUUGCAACAUGUAUUCCAAGCAUAAUUUUCGCUCAAACAAACACACUCUUCGUCAAACAAGGCACCACUCUAGAUAGGAGACUGGGAGCUCAUUUUAAAGUCCCUCCAGCAAGUCUCAUAGCAUUUGUACAUAUCUUCCUGGCUAUAAGCACUGUAAUCUAUGAUCGUGUUUUUGUUCCUAUUAUCCGACGCUACACAAAGAAUCCAAGAGGAAUUACAAUGCUACAAAGAAUAGGAAUUGGCCUUGUGUUUCACGUCAUCGUAAUGGUUGUUUCGUGUCUUAUAGAGAGGAAGAGACUCAAUGUUGCAAGAGAACACAAUCUUUUAGGCAAGCUCGAUACAACCCCUCUUUCUAUUUUCAUUCUCGUCCCUCAAUUCGCUUUGAUGGGGAUUGCUGAUACGUUUGUGGAAAUUGCUAAGAUAGAGUUCUUCUAUGAUCAAGCACCUGAAUCUAUGAAAAGCCUUGGAUCAUCAUAUGCUACAACAUCCUUGAGCAUGGGAAAUUUUUUGAGUACUUUUCUUCUAUCAAAUGUUGCUCGUCUCACAAGUAAACAUGGUCAUAAAGGUUGGAUUUUAGAUAAUCUAAAUAUCUCACAUUUAGAUUAUUAUUAUGCUUUUUUGGCCUUGUUAAGUGUUGUCAACUUCUUUUUCUUUCUUAUUAUUGCCAAAUUCUUUGUAUAUAAUGAUGAUGUAACUCAAACCAAAAUGGACUUAGAGAUGAACCCUGCUUCAUCUAAGGGCUAUAAGACUGAAAUAAGUCAAAGCAUCUCACAACUAGAUGUCAAGUCCUAGAGCUUAAAAUUAUCAAAAAAUUGGGAUGAUCUCCAAAAAAGACUUCCACAUCAAAAUCUUAUGUUAUAUUUUGUUGAGUAUAUGCCUAUAUGGUCUAUAGUUACUUAUAAGUGGGCAAUCAGCCUCAAACGUUUGUUGAAGUUACGGUUCAAGGUAACAUUGUAAACUUGACCUUAAAUGUUUAAAUGUAAGUUUGUACUCUGUAUAAUACAAAGAACGUACGUUGGUCAAAUUUUGUUACUAAAGAUCGUGUGUUAUUUGUC